AACGAGGACGGCAUUCGGGCUGACAGAGCCGCGCAGGACGCAACAACUCGCGCGGCAUGCCCCUCUGCGGCCCCCGUUGCAACCCGUCACUCCGAGCUGAACAGUGGAACGGCUCUUGUGCCGAGAGCACGAAAGGCUAGCAGUCUUUUCAGCGCCCCUCCAUCAGUCAUAGCGUCGAUCAGACUUCGCGCCUCGCGUGGUGCUGCCCCUCGCGUCGCGUGGAGCGGCGCGAUGGAGAGCGAUGCGUGCCUCGAGAAGUUCGUCAUCUACGAGACGCAAGCGCGCUUCUACAUCGUGGGCCGGGGCAAGAACAAGGACCAGAAGCGCAUUCUCAAGAUCGACCGAUCUGAGCCGUCGGAGCUGGUGCUGGUGGAGGAUCCGACGGUGUACAGCGACCGCCAGUGCUCCGCUCUGCUGCAGCAGCUGGCCGAGGGCAACCGCAGCUCGGGGGGCCUCCGCCUCGUGACCAAGGCCUAUGGCAUCGCGUGGUGUCUGUCUGUCGUGGGGGUUGUGAGGUAAAGGGGAGGAGGGAGGGGGGACGGGGUGGGGGACUGGU